AUAGCGACCGCAGCCUUGACCAGCAGAAAGGCAAGGAAAACAGCUAUCGUAUCCGACAGUAGCUUUAUGACAAUGUUUGAUAUGAGGACACAUAGGUAACACAUCCAAUCGGCCCGGAUUUGGACGGGAAGAACAUCUACGGGAGUAGCAGCAAAGCCUGUUAUUAAUUUCCAGACCAUGAACUAUGUGGGUCAGCUGGCGGGCCAGGUGUUUGUGCAGGUCAAGGAGCUGUACAGAGGCCUCAACCCUGCCACGCUGUCUGGCUGUAUUGAUGUGAUUGUGGUGCGGCAGCCCAAUGGCUCCCUGCAAUGCUCCCCCUUCCAUGUGCGUUUCGGCAAGAUGGGCGUCCUGCGCUCGCGGGAGAAAGUGGUGGACAUUGAGAUCAACGGGGAACCAGUGAGUUUGCACAUGAAACUGGGGGAGAAUGGAGAGGCCUUCUUUGUUAAAGAAGCUGAGAACACAUUGGAAGUCGUUCCAGCAUACCUAGCGACGUCACCCAUCAUGUCGACGGGAGCGGAACUGAUGGAAAGUCAGCUGAGCAGGAAUAGCACACGUCACCAUGACAGCAUGCUGUGCGGCUCACUUCCUGCCCAGAGCAUCGGACCGCAGCAGGGUGACAGUGGGAUGAGCAAGAAGAGGAGGAAGAGGAGGAGAAAGGCUCGACCAGACGGAGGAGGAGGGAGAAAGGACGAAAGCGGGGAGGAGUUUUCGGAUGAUGACAGCAUGUUUACUAUUGACCUGAGCUCUGAUGAGGAGAGAGAAGGUGACGCUGGCAGGACACUAUACAGUGAUCAAGGGUCAGCUGCCAGUACACACACCAGCCCAGAGUGGAAGCAUCCACAGAGUCAUGUGAUUAAGGACACUCUCUCCAUCCCUCCGUCCUGCGGUCUGUCCAUCUCUUGUCCACAGCAGACCUCUCACUUCUCCUCCCACAUUAGCAACGCAGAUGAUUCUCUGUCUUCAACGCCCAAGAGCGACUCUGAGCUAGCCGGCCGGGCAAAAGACAACCCUGAGAUGCUGUGGACCUGGGGGGAGCUGCCACAAGCUGCACAGCCGUCCUUCCUGACUUCCCAUCAGAAGCAGGAAAGUUCCACAUCAUUCACCAUCCCAGUGUCCUCCAGCACUCACUUCAGGACCAUCAGCGACACCGGGGCACCCUCAAAAAAUCCCUAUACCACUCAGCAAGAAGAUACAUAUACUGACAAGUACCAUGAUGGUGGAAACCCAGUGGAGAGUGUGGGUGCGUCAUGUGCAGAGAUGGAGAGUUUAACAACAGGUUUAGCGUCCCCCAGCAUCCUUCCUGAUCAUUUGGAGGAAGGCAGGAACAGAGGAAGUCCCAUCAGAAGAACAGAUUCACCUUCCAAGCGGAAAGAGAAAAGAAGCCAACACCUCGGCACUGAUGGGGUGUACCUGGAUGACAUCACAGAACUGGAGCCUGAAGUAGCUGCUCUGUACUUCCCUAAAAGUGAUGGAGGCAGCGGCUCAAUGAAGGUGGACACAGAGAUGAUGAUGAUGGACGUGAGGAGUGCUAAUCAGUCUCCGCAGUCAGUGAGCAGCAGCGGGGUAGACAGCGGACUGGACAGUCUGUUAGACCACAUGGGGGACCUCCCUCACGUGGCCAUAUCGCUGUGCGGCGGCCUCAGCGACAACAAGGAGAUCACUCAAGAGCAGUUCCAGGAGAGGGCAGUGACCUACCAGCAGUUCUCAGAAAACCCUUCCAUUAUCGACGAUCCCAAUCUGGUGGUGAAGAUUGGCAACAAGUACUACAACUGGAGCACAGCAGCUCCUGUCAUGUUGGCCAUGCAGGUCUACCAGAAACCAUUGCCACAGGCCUCGGUGGAGAACAUCAUGAAGGAGAAGAUGCCCAAGAAAGGCGGCCGCUGGUGGUUCUCCUGGAGGAGCAGGACCAGUGACUCUAAAUCGGAGUCACCGGUGGAGACGGCGGGAGAGAUCACCAUGGCGACAGCAAGCAGAAUGAAAGAUGAGUCAUCCUCUAGUGAUGAAGACCAUGUGACCCGCCAGUCUGAGUCCAUUGUUGCUUCUGGUAACAUUUGUUACAAGAAGACUCUUAGGCUGACCUCAGAGCAGCUGGCAAGCCUGCAGCUGAAGGAGGGUCCAAACGAGGUGGUGUUCAGCGUGACAACUCAGUAUCAAGGCACGUGUCGAUGCCACGGCACCAUCUAUCUGUGGAACUGGGACGACAAGCUGGUCAUCUCGGACAUCGACGGAACAAUCACAAGGUCGGACACGCUAGGCCACAUCCUCCCCACUCUGGGGAAAGACUGGACUCACCAGGGCAUCGCCAGGCUCUACCAUAAAGUCAGCCAAAAUGGCUAUAAGUUCAUGUACUGCUCGGCGAGGGCCAUCGGGAUGGCAGACAUGACCAGAGGUUACCUUCACUGGGUCAAUGAGAGAGGAACCAUGCUGCCCAUGGGCCCGGUGCUGCUCAGUCCCAGCAGCCUUUUUUCUGCCUUGCACAGGGAAGUGAUUGAGAAGAAACCAGAGAAGUUUAAGAUCGAGUGUCUCACGGACAUCAUGCACCUUUUCUACCCAAAUACGGAACCUUUCUAUGCUGCUUUCGGCAACAGAGCUACGGACGUGUAUUCCUACAAGGAGGUGGGCGUUCCUCUCAACAGGAUCUUCACUGUCAAUCCCAAGGGGGAGCUGGUCCAGGAGCAUGCCAAAACCAACAUCUCCUCUUUCGGUCGUCUCUGCGAGAUGGUGGAUCAUGUCUUUCCUGUCUUACUCCACAAAGAAGAUGCAGACUUCACUCAUUCGGACGCUUUAGACCAGUGCAACUACUGGAGUAAACAGCAUCCUGAUGGCAGCAGACAAGAGGAACAGGAGGACUCUCAGCUUCUUGUGGACUGAAACCUGCGUGGGUCACUCGAACAGCAAACUCACACUACAUCUCAGUAAAGUAGGAAGCCAUCACAAGUGCAGAAUUACCCUCAAAAGAAGCACAAAAUGGCCAACACAACAAGCAUUGGCUGGUGGUGGGGGGGGCACUUGUGAAGACUUCUGCAACGUUCUUAAUGCACAACCACUCGCACACAAAAGCACAGUUGAUGACAAUAUUCAGCCUUCAUUACCUCCAUCUUGCACACAAACGGAAACACACACACAUUAUAUAUUGCAUAGCCGUGAAAUGUAUAACCCAGCCUCAAUCAUCAGGGACUUUUUAACCAUUUAAUGCAUUAUUUAUAAAUAAAAAUAUUAUUUAUACAUACUGUAAUGCCAUCCAAUAGAAAUCUGAAUAUAAUAAUGUUCAGUUUAAUUCAUUUGAUAACAACAUGUAAGUGCUGUUUCUAACAUUUUGACACUUGAAUGUUCCUUAAUGGAUAUAAAAUGGGAAAAUAGAGGGGGAAGCAUCAUUAUAAGACUCAAUCAAUUUGGGGUUUUUAGUAUUUGUAUAUAUUCUAUUAUUGUUAAGAUAUGUAUAAUAUCUGGUAUUAAUGCUAAGAGUCCACUGGACCGGCGCCAGUUGGUGCCAGUUGGCGCCAAUGCAAUUUGCUGUGGCGCCUAGUGUCGCCAAUAAGGUGCCUAGUGGCGUGCAGUGGCUCAAACUGCCUCCCAAUUGGCUCGUGGUGGCCCGUAACGGCGGCAAAAAUUCAGUUUGGUGGCAAGAAAAUGUCAAAAUGUUUAAAAUCUUCAUCGCGCCACUUGCAUCUAGCAAUCGGAGCGAAGUGUCCACCAAGUGGAACAAACUGUCACAAACAAUCCGCCUAUUGGAAUCCACUGGAAUGUAAUGGCGCGAGCCAAGUUGCGGCAAUGAUGCUAGGAGUCCACUGGGCCGGUGCCAGUUUGCGCUAAAGCUUAUGUAAUUGGUCAAAUAACGGCAACAGGGCAAGCAAGCCACUAUGCGCCAAUCACAUAAUCUUUGGCGCCAACUGGCACCAACUGGCGCCGACCCAGUGGACUCCUAGCAUAAUAUAUGGUUAUUAGUAGUAGUAUUAUAAUAAAAUAUGACAUUUAGUGACACGAGAGGGUAAAAAUAUUAGAAACAGCACUCCGUACGAGGCAGACUGUGACAACUGUUCAAUCAAUACCUCUCAAAAGUGAUCAUUAUUGUCUUUUGGAAGGUGUUCUCAUUAGAUUGAGCCAAGCAAUCAGACCUCAAACUCAAAGACAGGUGUUAACCAAUGUGGUCACGUGACCGCGCUACUGUGAAAGUGACAUGUACGCACUGUAUGUUACUGUCCUUAUAUCAAUAUCAAUGCAAACUUUUUAUGUCAACUUCUAUCACUGCUAUGUGGAAAAUACUAUUGCAUGUUAUUCCCUUAUGCCUCACUUGGGGGGUUGGCGGGGGGGGGGGGGGGGGCUGUAAAUACAAACUAAUGUGACGACACAAAGCUGUAAAUAUCCACUAAACCUUUGGUGCUGACUAAAGCAAUAGAAUGAGAGGCAAUAACAACUUAGUAGAAGUACACAAAUGCAGUAAAUUAGCACUUGUACUCUCAUGCUAAUUGAAUGUGAAUACACACAAUGGACUGACUGUGGUGAUUUUAAUAUUUGAGUUCGUUUUUUAACAAAAAUGUAUCUAAUCAGGACUUUACUCACCUGAAAUGUGAUUUUAAAGGUAACAUUGCUAUGCAUCAUCAUCAUUAAUAAUAAUAAUAGGAGCACUGACGGGUCACCUCAUUUCUGUUUUAUGAAGUAGUAUUCAUAAGACCGCAUUUAUGUGACAUAGAAUGCAAUCCACCUACCAUCUUUUGUAUUAUUUUUAUCAUUGAAUUCUUUCUGUGAAAGAUCCAAUAUAAAUAUUGAAAUGUC